GGCCUUUCGCUUUUCCCCUGCCACAGUCCUCAUGGCCUUGCGCCACAGCAAUCCGCAUGGUCCGCAGCGCCCAGCUCCGCAGAUAAGACAGCCUCUCAGACGCUUUGCAGCUGGGCGUGCCUGCCAAACUCCCAGUGCUGGGAGGACCUUUGCUUGCCUUCCAUGGCGCGCGCGGCCCUUGCGAAACCCGCGGCCGACGUCUCCCAAGCCAUCAGUGUGGGCUUUAGCCAGCGAAUCUCCCGGUGCCGCAGGGAAGGCAAAUGGCAAGAGGCGGUGUACCUUUUGGCACAGAUGCGGCGUGGCAAAGCACUCCCGAAUGACAUCACCUGCAACAUGGUGAUCAGCGCUUGUGCCAAGGGAGGUCAUUGGCAGCUCGCUGUGGACUUGCUUUGCCAGAUGCCCGCCGUACAGGUGACUCCUGAUCUCAUCAGCUACAACAGCGCCAUCAAUGCAUGUGAGGUUGCAAGCGAAUGGGCAGCUGCAUUGGCGUGCUUCAAGGCCCUUGAGGAGAAGCAACUUCAGCCAGAUAUCAUCGUUUACGGCGGUGUCAUCAGUGCUUGCGCCAAAGCUGGUGGCUUGCUCUUACGUCAUUUCUGGGGAAAUCUGUCGAACCAUGAACCACUUGGCCACGUCGGGUCGCUCGCAGUGGGCUUUUGGCAGCUUACCUUGCGGAUCUUUGAAGAGCUUUGCAGACGCAUGUCCCCUGACCUGGUGGCCUGCAAUGCUGCGUUGCGUGCAUUUAAGGGAAACCGCUGGCCUGUGGCAAAUGCCAUCCUGCAGAACUUUGAUGACUUUGGGCUUCAAGCUGAUGUGGUGACAUUCAGCACGGCCAUCACCUCCUGUGUGGAUGCUUGGCCCAUGACCCUGCAGCUGCUGACGGAGAUGCAUUCCGCUCAGAUUGAAGCAAACGUUUGGAGCUUUAGUAGCGCGAUGACUUGCAUGAGUGGGGCUGCCUUAUCUGCGUGGCCGACAUCUUUAGACUUGCUGCGGGCCAUGAAGAGCUCUCAGGUGGAGCCGAAUCACUUCAGCCUCAGUUCAGCCAUCAGUACGGGACUUUCAAGUUGGCCACGAGCUGUGUCGUUGCUGCCAGUCAAGAUGAGUCGUGUUUGUUAUGUCUCCGCUCUGGCCAGCUGUGCAUCCUCCAUGGCUUGGGAAGCUGCCUUGGCUUGCUUAACAGCCAUGCAGAAUGCGCAGAUGACCCCGGGCGCAGUUGAGGUGGGCACUUUGGCUGAAUCGUUCAACCGUGCUUUGGGGCACAAAGCGGCAAGAGAACUACUUUGCAGUGUUUCGACCAGUUGGAAGGCGGGGAAGAAGGAUGCUGUUCCCAAUUUCACUGCAGAAGAGAUCAUCAUGCAAGGGCCCGGCCUUCUGAUGGCCAAUAAGCCAGAAAGCACCUCGACCGAAGAGUUUGCGGCUGCCCUGGCCGCCCGCCUCAACUGCCGACUGUCCGUGACCAGUCGCUUAGACCAUCCCACAUCAGGGGUUUUGCCCUUGGCCUUUGGCACGGAGUCGAGCAUGGAAAAGUGGCUGGUUGCACAGCUGGCAGCCAGAUUGGUGGAGAAGGAAUAUCUUUGCCUUUGUGAAGGUGAAGCCUUGGGGCCUCCAGGCACCACUGGCCUAGUGGUCGCUCCCAUUCGCACCAUGGAACUGGACGGCCACACCAGCCGGAGCGAGGUGAGCCCCACCGGACGGAUCGCGCGCACGGAGUACCAGGUUUUGAGGCGGUUUUCCUGCAGAGGUGCUCAGUGGGCUGAGGACACGAGUGAAGUGAUGCUGCUGGCUGCUCACCCCAUCACUGGCCGCACUCAUCAGAUCAGAGUGCACUUCGCCUUUUUGGGCCGUCCACUGCUGGGAGAUUUGACCUAUGGCAGGAGAGACAGCUUGUCCGUUUGUCCGCGGCUUUUCCUCCAUUGCCGACGCUUUAGCUGUAUUGGUCCCGACGGCACGCCCUUGGUCGCCGAAGCACCUUUGCCGCCAGAGCUGCAAAACGUGCUGGAAACUUUGUGAGAGGUCCAUGCCCAACAGCUUGCUUUGCCAGCCAGACCGGCAGACCAAGCUCAUCUCCGCAGGGUUGCUGGAACUGCAGCUACUACAAGCGCUCUGCGAGAGAUGUAAGGUUUGGAGAGCAUCAAUCAAGAUGUUUCGGCGCACUCUCCGGCACUUCUUGGUCGACGGCGAUGGCGCAGCGAACUCGGCGAUGGCGAGCGCAGGAACGGGUCGAACGUGAAAGCGCCAGGAUUGCAGCAUCGAAAAUAGGUCACUCAAGCAGCCGGCUGGCGUGCGUAUUGAUUGCUGGCGGGCCCAUUGAAGAAGCCAGAGCCGAAAGCCCACGGGACAAGACCAUUAUUUGUUCUUCCUCUUGCACC